AUGCUAUCCACGCUCUUCCUUUCUCACAUAAGAAAGCGACCCCAUCGCGUCAAAGACCAACAGCCUAUUCAACUUGCUAUCCAAUACGCCGUCUCAUCAACACAGUCCCCCCCCGCUUCGCAUACAAUGGGUAACAACCAGAGUGCAUCAAGCUCGCCGCGCCGUAAGGCCUCGCAAGUAAGCAGGUCAUCGACAUUAUCAUCGUCCCCAUAUAUGCCUGGAGCGGAGACACCGCGGGUGGUAUCGCAAUGCGAAGAACUGAGUCCAGGGAAGGACAGGACAGUAGGUUACGAGCUGACUGUUGACGUGCUUGGAAGCCAGGCUCCUGACAAAGUGAAGAGCGUUCCAACCACUCCUCGGCCGCUGUCUAUAGUGGAGGGUAUCAAGACUCCUGAAGCACAAGUCAUGGCAUCGCCAACCGAAACACAUCGAGACAGCUUUAAUCUGGAACAUGCAGACGCGGCACUGAGCACUAGUCUCGUGAACCAAGAAGAAUUGCACACAGAGAGAACAUCAGACGAGCGCACCCAUGGGUGGCUUCCCGGCACAUAUGUUCUAUUGAACUCCAGGAGUGGGACCGCGCUUGAUCUAUCCGGUGCUGAUCAAAAAACGAUCAUUGGCUUCCCUGCGCAUAUGGGCCAGAAUCAGCAAUGGGAAUUUAUUCCAAGCGGACAAGGAUAUGCCAUUCGCAGCGCGCGUCCCUCAUUAUGCGGGUCGUAUCUGACCGUCGAGAACCUCUGUGACAAUGCCCCGGUGAUUGCCAACCCAUUUCCCACCAGUUGGGACGUGAAAGUAGACAGGGAAGGAUCGCUGCAGAUUUCGUGGCCUGGUACAGAUUUCACCCUUGAUCUUGCUGACUGGGGGAGCGCUACUCCUGGCACCAAAGUGCAGCUGAUGCGAGCGAAACCCGGGGAACCAUGUCAGCUGUGGAAGUCUGUCCGCUGUGCAUCUAUGGAAGACCAACAGGAGAAGGUUACAAGGAGUGUAAUGCCACCCAUGAUCACGGAGACCAUCGUAGUAUCAGAAGGCAAAGAUGAUGUUGUCACGACGCGCACAACGACGACGACGACGAUAACUGCCGUAACCACGGAAGGUCGUUACCAUUCAAUAAUUCUGUUUCGACUUUCUCCUAGUCAAGCAAAGGACGACCAGCAUGGGUCACCUCGGAAGAAUAUACAGGCUACGGUUGACUACGGUCAAUUAUAUGCGAUGGAAGCCAACUGUCCACACCUCGGCGCCGAUCUGUCGCACGCGGAAAUCGAAGAGUACGAUACGGGCGUAGUGGCUGUCUGUGCCAGAUAUGACUUUGAUCUCCAAACGGGAAAUAGUGAGGCCGGAUUGAAGGCGUGCACAUAUGCAGUCGAAGUUCGGACGGAUGACGCUGGUGUUGAGGCUGUAUGGGUGGAUACACCUGAGGAUGGUACAGAAUGGCGGCUUGUCGAACUCAGGCCUGUCUCAGAAGCAUUUGCCGAUCCUCCGCCUCUGCCUGAUAUUUCGAAGCUGUCAAUUUCCUCAAACGAGUCUGCAACGUCAGAAGCUUUGACACAAGACGUUGUGCCGCCUGAAGAGCCUACAACGCUGAUACAAUGGGCAGUCCAGCGAACUAGACACGCAGUGCAUCUAUUUCAGACCGGACAACUGAAGUCGAUUGGGCAUCGCUCAGCAAACGUACCCAGACCUCCUGACGUCCCUCCGCGACAAGAAGCUUUCGUACGAAAUACGGUUGAGCCAGCAAAGGUAGCGAAGAGAAAGAAUAGGGCGGUCAUGUUGCAUGCACUAGCGAACAUAGAGCAAUGGGCAAUCGAUCUCGCGUGGGAUAUAAUUGCCCGCUAUGGGCCCGAAUACCCAGAUCUACCGCCUGCCUUCUUCUACGACUUUGCCAAGAUGGCCCUCGACGAAUCCAAACAUUUUUCGCUCCUUACCGCGCGCCUUGCUGCUCUCUCUCCGAGCACACCAUACGGCUCACUGCCUGUUCACGCGUCCCUAUGGGAAUCGGCGCGCGUCACCUUCGGAUCGUUGCGCGCCCGACUCGUCAUAAUCCAUCUUGUGCACGAGGCACGCGGUCUAGACGUGAACCCGGGGACGAUCGAGCGAUUUCGUCGCGCAGGCGAUGAUGAGAGUGUGAAGGUACUGGACAUCGUCCACCAGGACGAGGUGACCCAUGUCACAACAGGACAUCGAUGGUUCAUGUGGAUUUGCGGAAAGCAAGGCGUUGACCCGGUAAGCACGUUCAGAGACGAGGUGAAGAGGUGCUGGAGAGGGGAUGUCAAGGGGCCCUUCAAUGUAGAGGAUAGGGAGAAGGCAGGAAUGACAAGAGACUUCUACGAAGAUCUACGCGGGGAGAUGCGUGGAGAUUGGGAACAUGCAAGAGAAGUUCAAGGAGCUUGA